AUGUCUGGAAACGGUGGUCAUGCGUUGCUCAGGGAUGUUCCCAGCUAUCAAACUAGGAGAGUGACAGCUGAUUUACUGAGACUUCCCAAAUCGUAUACCACUUGUUUCCAGAAAUCGUUUGUAUUUCUUGGCCCCAAGGCUGCCAAUUUAUUAAUGGUAAAACAAAAACGACGAAUCUAUGAUAUUACAAACGUGCUUGAAGGAAUCGGUCUAAUAGAAAGGAAGAUGAAGAAUAUAAUUCAGUGGAAAGGUGCAUGCAAAGAAAUCAAUUCAGAAGAAAACACAGAAAGACUCACAAUUUUGAGAAAUGAAAUUGAGGAAUUGGAAAAAUAUGAAAACAAUCUUGACUUACACACCAAGUGGGUAGAACAGAGUUUGAAGAAUGUAUUUGAAGACGAAAAUAAUGUGGCUAAAAGCUAUCUAACUCAGGAGGAUUUGUGCGGCUGUUUUGACAAAGAUUUACUGACGAUUGCGAUUAAAGCAAAUGAAGGAACCAGGUUGGAAGUGCCUAUUCGUGUUGAUCAGCGAGAGAGCGGCAGCAUGUACAAGAUGCAGGUGAAGUCACGUCAGCCAAUCGAAGUGACCAUGAUCAACAGAGAUGACGACAUGUGUAGUAGUGACGAGGAUGACGCCACAAACAUUCACCUCCGCCAGGCACCCACCUCCACCCUCCUGCCUGCCGACGACAUCAAUAUGGACGUUGAAAUGUCGGCUGUCCGAACUGAGUUUGCGCAGAAGAAGUUGAAAACUUAUUCAACGAAGGCGGAAAAGUCGAAAAGACUAGAUGAAGACAUAGAUGUGGACCUGCAGUUGACGCUUGAAGUAGACGAAGAGGGAAAAUCCAACGAAGAUAGCAUUCUUGCCACUGAUUUCAUGGAAGAUCUUACCUCAGUUCUGGCAAACCUCUCCAUGGGCAAAAUCCACCCUGAUAUUCUCCAAGCUCUUUCUCCAGCUGAUCUUUGA